AUGCGUGCGAGACUGGGCCCCCAAGAACCUGGCAGGCCAAGGCCACCAGUAGCCACAACUUGGGAAGCGCACCUUGACCCCAUGGUCACCCUUAUUGUACAGAACGUUCCUUCGCACCGUGACCCUGUUGUCACUCCUAUGGUGCAGAAUGUUCCCCCGCACCAAGCGGUGCGGCAAGUUGGGAGAAAUCCCCCAAACGAGCCACCCAUUGGCUCCAUCAGCAAAAGGUUGGACGAUAUGCUCUCCACGCCUUUCUGCUCUCAUAUUAUUCAUUACGAGCCCCCAAGGGGAUUCCUCGUACCAAAAUUUUCCACGUACGACAGGUCCAGCGACCCCUUCGACCAUAUCAUGCAUUAUCGACAACUCAUGACUCUCAAUAUAGGAAACGACCUGAUGCUAUGCAAAGUGUUCCCCGCCAGCCUACAAGGGCAGACCCUCUCAUGGUUCUACCGCCUACCUCCCAACUCUGUUGACAAUUUCAGGGACCUGUCGGAAGUCUUCGUGGGACAAUACUUAUGCUCCGCUCGGCAAAAGCAAAACAUCAGCACUCUACAAAACAUAAAAAUACAAGAUAAUGAGUCAUUGAGGGAGUUCGUGAAGCAGUUUGGUCAGGCCGUGCUGCCAGUAGAGGCUUACAGCAUGGAUGUUGUCAUGCAGAUCUUCAAGCGAAGCAUCUGUCCAGGCACCCCAUUUUUCGAAUCACUUGCUAAAAAGCCUCCUACGACGAUGGACGACUUGUUCCAACGCGCAAGCAAAUACUCAAUGCUCGAAGAUGACGUACGAGCAGCUACCCAACAAGUCUUGGUUGUCGGACAGACAUCCAGAAGUGGUGCGGAAAGAAGUGCCAAACUUCCGGAUCGGCCAAGACCAUCCGAUAGAAGGCAGGAAGGGCCAAGUCGCCCGGAAAUGCCACCCCUCACACCCCUUUCCAUAUCUUAUGAGAAGUUUCUCCCUAUGAUCCAAGGUAUGUCUGAUUUCAGGUGGCCUAAACCCCUCGGAACGGACCCAUCCAGAAGAGAUCAUAGUAAAAAGUGUGUCUUCCAUAAAGAACAUAGUCACACGACGAAAGCGUGCAGGAGCCUCCAAUAUUUAGUCGAAAAGCUUAUAAAGGCGGGACAUUUGAAGCAAUACCUCCGCUCAGAUACCGGAGGUAGAGACGCUUCCCGAAAUCACAACUCUGGAGCUCCCACGACUUCGACCGCCCCCAAGGCCAUUAUAAACUAUAUUAAUGGAGGUCCGUCAGAUGAGGAGCAUGACUCCAAGCGAAAGAGACAGAGAUUGUUACGGGAAGCAUUAGUGCGCGAGCAUAUCAAUUCCAUCCGGCCUGGGAUAACUAGGUGGGGGGGGUCUCGCCCCAUAGAUGGGACAAUCAUUUUCCCACCAGUAGACACCACCCGAAUAUUGCAGCCGCACCACGACGCCCUCAUCCUGUCCUUAGAGAUGGGAAAUUUUGACGUGAGACGCAUUCUGGUUGACCCGGGCAACUCGGCCGAUCUUGUACAAGCAUCGAUCAUUAGCCACAUGGGACACAGUCUCACAAGACUCGAAAAUCCUGGGCGAAUCUUGUUCGGAUUCAACAGGGCAUCAACUACUUCCUUGGGAGAUAUUGUACUGCCGGUCCAAGCUGGCUCAGUCUCUCUCAACGUGCAAUUUUCGGUGGUACAAGAUUUAUCACCCUUCAAUAUCAUCUUGGGGCGCACAUGGCUGCACUACAUGAAAGUCCUCCCCUCUACAUAUCAUCAAAUGCAAUCACUGUGUCCAACGGACAAAGAUCCCCCGGCAGCGGAUCCCUUGCAAACAGUCCAAAUUUCGGAAGAAGGUACUCACCUUACACACAUCAGUUCCCUCUUAACGCCUGAAGAAACCCAGAACGUUCAAAACGCCCUCCGACAAAAUCAUGAUGUCUUUGCAUGGGCGCAUUCUGAUAUGAAGGGAAUUCACCCCUCCAUCGUCUCUCAUAGGCUUAACGUCUUGCCAACAGCAAGACCCAUCCGGCAGAAAGUUCGACGUUUUCACCUGGACAAGCAAAAGAUUAUUCGGGAUGAGAUUGACAAGUUGCUGGAAGCCGGAUUCAUCAAAGAGGUGGAAUAUUCGGACUAG